CUGCAGCAUCCCACAUUCAAGGCACCACCUCACCUUUUACCCGCUCUUGUAGCCUACUGACCUUUUCUUUGAAGUAUCGGAAUCGCAUAUGGUAUCCUAGGGAUUGGCGGUCUUCCUACUUAUCGUCGCGAAUAUUGAGCGUAGUGCUUGCUUACAAGCCCGCCAUGGGACUCAAUGUGAUUCAGAGCCAGAAAGACGAUAUUCUGAAUGCCAUUCGAAAUGCGACUCGUGGAGAUUGGAAAGUACUAGUUGUGGACGAGCAGACGAAGAAGUUGCUGGACAAUGUGCUCAAAGAGGAUGAUAUACUCAACGAAAACAUUACCAACAUCGAAAUCCUGGAGCAGAAGCGGCAAGCUCAGGAUAUGGAUGCCGUGUACAUACUCGCACCGCUACCUUACGUUGUUGACUGCGUUAUGGCAGAUCUCGAGCGCGGGCGCUAUCGAAGGAGUUGGCUUCUAUGGACAAGCAUCGUUCCUCCAGUGCUGCGGCAGCGAAUUGAUCGCUCACAGAUAGCGCAAAGCCAAGUUGCCGAUUUCAGGGUCAUAAACAUUGAAUACUACCCUCGAGAGUCCCAACUGGUCACGUUCAGAGACCCAUGGAGCUUCCCUAAACUGUAUCACCCGGCCUGUAGUAAUCUGGUUCCGCAGACCAUAGCAGACAUUGCACAAAAGGUCGUGGCUACGUGUGUUUCGUUGGGCGAAUAUCCUACAAUUCGCUAUUACGCUCCGUUAAACCCUGAGCCUUCGCAUGAAGCUCAUGUUCUCUGCAGCCAUCUUGCGAACGCAAUACAAAAUGAGAUAGACACAUAUGCAAAGUGGAACCAGAAUUUCCCUCCGCCGUCAAACCGUCCUCGCGGCGCAUUGUACGUUGUUGAUCGUUCGUUCGACUUGUUUGCACCGUUCGUACAUGAGUUUACCUUCCAGGCUAUGGUGCAUGAUCUACUGCCAAUAAAAGAAGGAGACAAGGUCACUUACAGGACUGUGAUCAAUCAAGGCGAAGAAAAUGAAGAAGUGAGGGAUAUGGAAAUCAGCGAGAAAGAUGCCAUCUGGACUAAAUACCGGCAUACGUUCAUGGCGAACACAAUCUCUGGUAUUGAAGCGGAUUUCCAGAAGUUUGUAAAGGACAACCCGCAUUUUCAAAACUCCAAUGCGGCUACAACAAAUAUCAACACCAUCAAGACAAUGCUUGCUGGUCUACCACAAUUUCAAGAGAUGAAGGAGGCGUAUUCCUUAAAUGUCAAUAUGGCUACGGCUUGUAUGGAUAUCUUUCAAAAGCACCAGCUCUCCGAACUUGGAUCAUUAGAACAAUGCUUAGCAACCGGAUUGGACGAGGAUUACAAGAAGCCCAAGAAUGUGGCUGAUCAGCUGAUUCGUAUGUUAGACGAGGACGCUGUCGUUCCACCUGACAGACUUCGUCUGAUUGCGAUGUACGUUCUUUUCAAGAAUGGCCUUUUACCUUCUGACAUCCGUCUUUUAUGUAACCAUGCCGGACUGUCGGCGCAGGACGAGGAGGUGCUUCACAAUCUCGAAUUACUUGGCGCCAGAGUCUUUAAGCAAUUAAAGGACACGAGACCUCCUCCAUCAUCCAUGUUUUCUAGGAAACCACCGCCCGCACCAAGCGAAGAAGACUCAUUUCUUUCUCGAUUUGUACCAAAUCUCAAGCUUUUGCUUGAAAAACAUGUUGCCGGAACCCUGGACUUCAACCUCUUCCCAUUUGUGCGGCCCGACCCAAGCCAACAACAAGCAGAUGCCAACGCAGCCAUUCCGUCAUCUUCUUUGCGCUCCGCCAAGCCUACAUGGGCAAGAAACAAGCUCUCGUCCACGGAGCCUCGCCAACGUGUCAUUGUCGUCAUGGCUGGCGGUGCCACAUACUCGGAAGCCCGCUCAUGCUAUGAGAUUACGAAGGAGACAUCGCGUGACGUCGCACUGGUUACGUCGCAUAUGCUCACACCAGGUCUGUGGAUGCGACAACUUGGCGACCUAUCUCAAGAGAGGAGACGACUGGGCAUUCCCCAAGACCAGCCCCCAAAGCAGGCUCCGAAACAUCUUUUCGAGGAUGAUCGACCGCAACCUCCUCCCAUGGUGAAGGCACCACAGUUAGGCUCGGCAGGAGCUGCUGCCACCCCUAACCCACCUCCUGGCUCCGUGAUACCACCCGUGCAACACAUGCAGAAUCUACGCGUCAAUGGCAAUGGACCCUCUCAUUCGCGACCAGGUAGCAAUGCUAGUGGCGGCCCUGGGUUUAUUAAACUAAGUGGUUCGCCAGCCCCGAGCGAAAGUGGCAAGAAGGAGAAGAAAGAGAAGAAGCAUCAUUUCGGUUUCGGAAGCUCAAAGAAGUGAUAAUGAUCCCUAGCAUUUGGAAAAUUACACAUGAUGCAGCUGUCUGGACAAGUGAAUGCUAGUGGCUAACGCAAGACUAUCUGACAGGCACCAGACAACAAGAACGAGAACACGAAACAAAACAAACGCAGAGGCGUGCGAGAUAUUUGUGCGCGGAACUUCUGUGGUCUCUGGUAAGGACAGAAAGGCUUUAGGAUCAACAAAGACAUCAAAGAUGUUGCAGGUGGAUGGUGCUGCGAAGCAUAGGCAUAUGGCACAAAGUCGUGAGACAACAGCGAGUUGGAAGAUGAAGCUGAACUGGGUGUUGAAGACCGUUAGUCGUACAUGGGUGUGAGACUCGAAAUUCGCUUGUGACUUGUAUCACUGCAGCAGAACUAGGCCAAAUGCGAUGAAUAGAACAUGUUUGUAUUGAUCAAUGAGACCUUUUCGAGACGUUUGGAAAGUUUUCUGACGCACUGAAUUCGUCGAUCUCAAGAUAGAUAUGUCUGGUCGUCGUAAGUUCAGCGAACAGUCGAUAUGCACAACUGCUGGUAGGCUUUUGCUGACCGAUUUCACUGCAUUCUUUCAAUA